AAGAGGUGUAUUGAUUUUCAUUUGAAGGGUUUAAAUUUUAAAAAGAUUUUCAGGCAUGCUGAAUCUGACACCUGUCUGUAUCCGUUGCCAGCCUAUCUUUGGACUUUCCCUUCGCUUGUGUAGCUCAAAGACAGGAAGUCACUACAAAGAUGUUCACCUGCCUGAUUAUAAUACGUCUGUGGACAUUAACAGUCAUCGUCUGACACGCCCACAAAAGCCUCCCCCCACACCGAAAUGGGAGGGACUCCAGGCCCUGGCAGAAAGAACCAAGGGUUCACUAAUACCAGAGACAUUGAAGGCCAUGGAUGAGGAUGAAGACUUCAAAUUGACAGCCGCAAAAAUCAAAGAAAUGGGGACCAAGAAAAUGACGAGAGAGGAGAGAAAGCGCCGACAGAGAGCUCUGACUGAUUUAAAUGUUCCAGACUUUGAGACAUUCUGGAAACUGAAGAGGGCAGAAAAUGAGGCACAAGGAGCAGACAAGGAGGAUGCAUUAAAUAAAAAGACCAUAGAGAUCCUGCAGGCCAACAUAGGACUGUAUUGUAACCAGGCCUGUAACCACUGUCAUGUGGAGUCCUCACCACGCCGCAAAGAAAUGAUGAGCCGCGAAGUCGCAGAUAGAUGUCUGGACAUCCUAAAGAAUAGUCCCUCAAUCCACACCCUAGAUCUCACAGGAGGUGCCCCCGAGCUGUUAGAUGAGUUUAGAUACCUGGUUAGAGGGGGUCGAGAACUGGGGAAGAAUAUUAUAGUAAGGAGUAACCUCACUGUACACACAGAACCUGGUCAGGAGGACACGGCAGAGUUUAUGAGGGACCACCAGGUGAACAUUGUAGCCUCCCUGCCCUGCUACACAGCUAAGAACGUCAACCAACAGCGGGGGAAGGGUGUUUUUGAUCGGAGCAUACAGGCCCUGAUCAAGUUCAACUCCCUGGGGUACGGAGAGGAGGGCUCAGACCUAAAACUGGACCUGGUCUAUAAUCCUCUCGGUGCCUUUCUUCCCCCACCCCAGGGACCCCUGGAGGACAAGUACCGCCAAGAACUAAUGGAGUUCUUUGGAAUCAGGUUUAACCAGCUCUUCACAAUUACCAACAUGCCAGUCAAACGUUUUGCAGACUUCCUCUAUCGAAGAAAUGAGCUGGUGAGUUAUAUGGAGUUGCUGGUCAGGAACUAUAACAUCCACACGGUAGACCACCUGAUGUGUCGUAAUCUACUGAAUGUAAACUGGAAUGGCAAGAUUUACGACUGUGACUUCAACCAGCAGCUGGAGAUGGGAAUAACCAAGGACACAGCUAAAGAUUCCAUGACAGUGUUUGACAUUUCGUCUGCCCAGGAGUUGGAGGGGGUACACAUACAGACAGACAGUCACUGUUUUGGUUGUACGGCAGGGAUGGGGUCCAGCUGACAGGGGGUGGUGGUGUAAGGGAUACAGAAGCUUCCACUUCUCCUUUAUGCAUUGAUGCAUCCUAUUGUAUUGUUUCUAUUCAGCUGAAAAAUUUCUAACAAAUUAACACUUUCUAGAUAUGCAUGAUAUUACGACUGAAGGAAUAUAUUUACGAUACAUGUAUGAUUGAGAUUCUUACCAUAUGAAAAUUGAGAUUUGUUCAAAAUAAAUGGGUAUGUUUAAGUGAACCUACAACCAGCUCUCAGGUCAUUUUUUGUUUCAAAUGCACAACAAUUGUUACAGGGUACUUAAAAAUUGCUGGUUGAAUUUAUAAUUAAAACUUUAUAUUCUUCAUGACAGUACUGGAUUUUGCAGUACAUUACUGAGGCCUAGCUUAGUUAUGGGUCUGUAGUUCUGGUAACCAGUAUGACGACUGCUGUAUAAGCCUGUAUAAGGAGGCAGCAGUCUGAUGGAGUGUUACCAUGAGUUACAAAUGACUGGUAAAGAUCAAAUUGAACUUUUACAUGUGAAUGAUUAUGUGAUUAU